AUGGUUAAACAUUGUGUGACUCAUACUAAAGAAAAACCAUAUCCUUGUGAAGUGUGCGGAAAGCGAUUUAAUAAUAAAUCUAAUCUUGCCGUGCAUCUUCUUAUUCAUACUGGCGAAAAACCUUUCAAAUGUGAUAUUUGUUGUCAAGCCUGCCCUACUUUAUCUAAAUUUAAAAAACAUCUUCAAACACAUUCUGGUGAGAGACCAUACAUUUGUCAGGUUUGUGGAAAAGGUUUUGCUACUAAUUGCCAUCUUAAAAGACACAAUCAAAUUCAUACUGGGGAGAAACCCCAUAUUUGUGAAGUAUGUAGCAAAGGCUUUAUUACAAAGGAUCAUCUCCAAAAACAUUUCCAAAUUCAUACUGGCCAGAAAUCUCAUGUUUGUGAAUUCUGUAAUAAAAGUUUCAGUGCAAAAUGUUAUCUCAAAAAGCAUCUUCAAGUUCAUAAUGACUCAUUAUUUGUGAUUCAACCAAAAGAAGUACCUAAUACUGAACUUAGAUAA